AGAAAAGAUUUUGUGUUGUCAACAUACAUUGCCGGCCUUGUAACGUGUUCUUGGGAUGUCGUGUGUUUCUCCAUGCAGCUCCCUGUAUAUUUAGAAUAUCACUACAUCCCUAGUACAGACGGAUUCUUUUCGUACGUGUCUUGGAUUAUUUAUAUAUGUUGUACAGACAUUUUAACAGUAUCCAUUUGAUACCGGGAAUAAACCAGCUACAUAACUUUUAAGGGCAAGUGAUAUUGCAUUCUGCUUCACAGUUCAGAUGCACUCGAUUUUUGAUAGUUUUCGGUAUGAUAUGGCACUUUAUAGUAUUACAGAGCCUGACGUACAUAUUUGCGGUGACAGUCUUGCAAUACUACUUGACACUACGCUAGUACUUUUGUAAGUGUCCGAAAAACACCGAAUUUGGCACAAGUUAGCGAUUAUAUCCCUGCUAAUUCCUUUUUUCUGCUAUUUCUGCGUAUUUAUUUUAUCGCUUUUGCGACCUAAAUCACAAUUUUUCUUACUGGUGACACUUUGAAGUAGUAUUUAUUCAUUGCAUUUUACGUACUUGCUCCCAGUUUAUUAAAUAAAUAUUUCUCAGUGAAAGAAAGUAGCGAAUAUGAUAGCCACAAGUUAUAUAUACGAACCUGACAAAUUUCGUACAAUUGGUUUUCAUGAGGGUAUUUUUGGUAGUAGGUGCUGUGGAAGAUUAAAAAUAGUUGGUAUAGCAUCUACCUUCAGCCACACACGUCCAAAUUUUUCUCUGUCUAAACAUUCCUCUUCAAAGUGUUUUGAACAUACUUUGGAAUAUUUUGUGGGGACAAAAUUACUCCUCCUUAUUUUCUGGAGCCAGAUCUUUACUUGUUGUUCAUCCUUCGGGAAACUAAAAUAUAAAUCACACAUAAUCAUUCUCCAUGUCCUAGAAACUCUUAACAUGGUAUAGGAAACAAAAUGGUUUGGGCGCACAUUUUAUACGAUGACAAUUACAGACUCCCACUCUAUUGAAUUUAUCUGUCUCCCGUCUUCCAAAUCUAUAUACAUUAUCAACAAGUCACUGAUAAAUGCAUGGAGGUUAGUAUUUGCUGAAACAACUAACCAUUCCCUUCCCGUUCCACUAGCAGAUUUACGAGAGGAAGCGAUUGUUUGUAAGCUUUUGUACAAGCCGUAAUAUCUACUAUAUAGUCAUAAAAUCAUAGAAACAUAGGUCUGGAAAUUUUUAAACAUAUACAGUGUCCCUUACUAAUAUGAUAACUAUAAUUAGAGCUACAUGGUAUGUACCCAUGAAAAGUUACUAUCCCUACUAUCACAUAUUUUCUUUCCAUCCAUAGCAACAACAGUAAUUCACCACCGCUAUUACACUAUCAACAAACGGUGAAAACACAACAAAAACUCUUGAGAUUAUUAACUUCAAUCUCUGCAUAAGCACACACGCACAGCGAAGUCCCGAAAACAAGUGACAAUCCGGGUUUAAUGUUGACAACAUGCGCAGAACACAAUGCUUACUCUAGAGAAAUUUACUCUAUGGCUGAGUAGUGAGAUGUUGCCAUUAUAAUGUCUAGGGAAGCCUGAAAUAAAUUCUCGAAAGAUUUAUUUUUGACUCUAGCGACCACAAUGGGGAUUUAUGGCUUUUAAGUAAUGAUACAUUCAUUUCAAAUUAAAGUUCGUCAAUUUCGCGAAAUGAGUGUAUUGGCAGCACUUAAUCCCACCAAAGACGUAUCUAUUUUUCUUUUGCACGAUAUUUGAACUGGUUUUUCAGUUAGAACGUCGUUUGUUGUGUUGUGUUGUUAAACAUGAGUGACAGUGGCAUAGAUUGUGUCGAAGGUGAAAGAGUGCACUUAGGCAACUUCAGUUCACCUAAGGUGCUCUGUGAUGAGCUGAGCUCCAUUGCCAUUGAUGGACAGUUACCUGACGGGUUUCAGUCACUAAAACCUGAAUCUUCAGGAAGACAAAGGCACAAUUCUUUGUGUUCGCCAAGCAGAAAACACCCUGAACAACGGAGGCGAUCACGUUCUGUACAACUAGACAAAUCAAAUGAUUUGCACGUCGAAAAGAAGUCUCUACAGAAGAAAUUUGUCAGUACAGCAGAAGCUAUGUACAAAUUCCAGAGAAGUACACCUGAGAGAUUCCAUACAAAGCCUGUUAUAGAUGGUUCACAGAGGUGGCAAGCUAGCCAAGUAAACCCAUCUUACAAGAAAUUACGGUGCACUGUGCCACAGUCACCUAACUUCACUUCUCAUUUACGUGUCAGACCUGUAACUUACCCGUCAAAAGAGGAGCGGGAGGAGGCUGAACUGCAGCAAAUGCAAAAGUACAUUUUCAAGGCAGCACCAUUAAAGGCUGAUAUCUUAAAGGAACCACAAUUGCCCAAGAAAGUUGAUCCAAAACCAGUGACGAAACCUAGCCCAUUUCAGUUGACUGAAGUGAAGAAGUUCACGGGGGCUGCAAAACCGAUCAACGAAUCUCAAACUGCGCGUACUAACAGGAACAUAUUUCCAGAUGAAAAGCGGGCUGCAAGAUCUGAACAUAAUACUGAUCAUCCUGUGUGGGAGAAAAAAGUUGCAGAAGCAGUAGCUAACAAGGAUAUGGAGCAGAAGGGUGUAAAGAAAGCAACACCUAUAAAGCGUGUAACAGUACCUGCACCAUUCACAUUUGAAGAGAGGGACAGAAUGCGACAGCAGCAGAAAGAAGAAAAAAUAAGACAGGUUUUAGAAGAGGAGAAAAGAGCUCGGGAAUUCCGUGCAAAGCCAAUACCCAAAUCAGUAAAAUGUUCAGUCUCACAAUCAGAAUUAAAAUCUCACCCUCCUACACAACCCGAACCUUUCCAUUUGUAUACUGAGGAAAGAAGAGUGCAGCAUGAAGAAGCACUGAAAGCAAAACUUGAGGAAGACCGUCGAGCAGCAGAAGUGACACGGUUUAAAGCCAGGCCUCCCGUUGUCCUCAUGAAAAAACCUUUUGAACCAGUGAAGCCACAGCGUGUGUUCAAAGAAAUAACAGCUAUAUGUCUAAAUACUGAUAUUCGUUCAAAAGAGCGUGAAAGAUUUGAAAUGAAAAUAAAGGAAAAAGAAAUGCUUAUGGAAGAAUGCAGGAGACAACUCAAAGAGCAGCAGGAAAGAGAAGAGGAAGAAGAAAAAGCAAGACUGCGCCGAGAGGCUAUUCAUAAGGCCCAACCCAUUUUCAAAUAUGCUCCUGUUGUAGUUGCAAAAUCUACAAAAGAACUGACUGUACCAGAAUCACCAUUUUCAAGAACUAAGACAUAUAAACACUGACUGAGGUUUUAUGACUUGACACUGUUAUAUAUUUGUAGUCCUUGUUUAUUUUUGAUAUGUUUUAAAACUAUAUAUUAAUAUUCCUUAAGAGCAUGUUUAAUAAAGUCUCUUGUAUAAUGAAAUGUCAAUAGGUGUCUGUAGAUCAGAAUGUAUCUCUCUUUAAUUAGACUGGGAAAGUUACAUAAAAGUAUCUAUCAAAAGUCAUUACUUCAUAACAGUGGUAAUAGUGUCAUGACAGAAGGGCUCAUGUUGUUUGUACAUAAGCUUUUUCAAGAGCUAAUACAAUGAACAAAACAAAUGAGAUCUUAUUAUUUGCCAAUGUAAUUUUAUAUUUCUUGUUUCAUUUUUGACAAAACAAUUUCCCAUACUUUUUAAAAACAUGGUUAAUAAACUUCUUAUUCUAAUGAAA